CUUUUGUGCGGCCGGCGGGGUCGGUUGGGGGCGGCGGCCGCACGGAAGGCAAGGCCGGGGCCCCUGCGGGGACGCCCGGCGCAGCCCAGCCCGGCGCGCAGCCGGGGCCUGCCGUGCCCUGCCGUACCCUGCCCUGCGGCCGGGGCGCCGCCGCCGCGCCGCAUCCAUGUUCGACACCACCCCACAUUCUGGCCGGAGCACUCCCAGCAGCUCCCCAUCUCUGCGGAAGCGGCUGCAGCUUCUGCCCCCAAGCCGGCCCCCGCCUGAGGCAGAGGCAGGCAGCAUGGUGGAGAAAGGGUCAGACAGCUCCUCGGAGAAGGGGGCAGUGCCCGGGACCCCCAGCACCCAGAGCCUGGGUAGCCGGAACUUCAUCCGCAACAGCAAGAAGAUGCAGAGCUGGUACAGCAUGCUGAGCCCCACGUACAAGCAGCGCAACGAGGACUUCCGGAAGCUGUUCAGCAAACUGCCGGAGGCCGAGCGGCUCAUUGUGGAUUACUCCUGUGCCCUGCAGCGUGAGAUCCUCCUCCAAGGCCGCCUCUAUCUCUCGGAGAACUGGAUCUGCUUCUACAGCAACAUCUUCCGCUGGGAGACCACAAUCUCCAUCCAGCUGAAAGAAGUGACGUGUCUGAAGAAGGAGAAGACGGCCAAGCUGAUCCCCAACGCCAUCCAGAUCUGCACAGAGAACGAGAAACAUUUCUUCACCUCCUUUGGGGCCCGUGACCGCUGCUUCCUCCUCAUCUUCCGCCUCUGGCAGAACGCGCUCCUGGAAAAGACCCUGAGUCCCCGGGAGCUCUGGCACCUGGUGCAUCAGUGCUACGGCUCGGAGCUGGGCCUCACCAGCGAGGAUGAGGACUAUGUCUGCCCCUUGCAGCUGAAUGGUCUCGGAAGCCCCAAGGAGGUGGGAGAUGUGAUUGCCCUGAGCGACAUCGCCCCAUCGACCGCAGGGGCUGCUGACCGCAGCCAGGAGCCAAGCCCCGUGGGCUCACGCCGUGGCCGCCUCACCCCCAAUCUCUCCCGCGCCAGCAGCGACGCAGACCAUGUGGCGGAGGAGGACAAGGAGGAGCAGACCGACAGCCAACCCGACGCAUCCUCCAGCCAGACAGCCACCCCGGUGGUGGAGCCCCCGAGCACAGAGCCCAGCCCGCCUGCCGGGCCCACCUCCCUGGGCCCCUUGGACCUGCUGCCCAGUGAGGAGCUGCUGACGGACACCAGUAACUCUUCUUCAUCCACCGGGGAGGAGGCUGACCUGGCUGCCCUGCUGCCUGACCUCUCUGGCCGGCUCCUCAUCAACUCUGUGUUCCACGUGGGCGCCGAGCGGCUGCAGCAGAUGCUGUUCUCGGACUCGCCCUUCCUCCAGGGCUUCCUGCAGCAGUGCAAGUUCACAGAUGUGACUCUGAGCCCAUGGAGCGGGGACAGCAAGUGCCACCAGCGCCGAGUACUGACCUACACCAUCCCCAUUAGCAACCCGCUGGGCCCCAAGAGCGCCUCCGUGGUGGAGACACAGACGCUGUUCCGGCGCGGCCCACAGGCAGGCGGCUGUGUGGUGGACUCGGAAGUGCUGACCCACGGCAUACCCUACCAGGACUACUUCCACACUGCCCACCGCUACUGCAUCCUGGGGCUGGCCCGGAACAAGGCCCGGCUCCGCGUGUCCUCCGAGAUCCGCUACCGGAAGCAGCCGUGGAGCCUUGUGAAGUCCCUCAUUGAGAAGAACUCGUGGAGUGGCAUUGAGGAUUAUUUCCACCACCUGGAGCGAGAGCUCUCCAAAGCAGAGAAGCUUUCCCUGGAGGAGGGUGGCAAGGAGGCCCGGGGGCUGCUGCCAGGCCUGCGGAGGCGAAAGCGACCCCUGAGCUGGAGAGGUCACAGCGAUGGGCCCCAGCACCCGGAACCCGAGCCUGGGGCACGGGCUGGCCUGCACCCCUCAGGCUCCCUUAGCUCCCGUUUCUCUGAACCAACCAUGGACCAAGGCCCCGGGGCAGGCAUCCCCAGUGCCCUGGUGCUCAUCAGUGCUGUCCUCAUCGUCCUCAUCGCCCUCAACGCCCUCCUCUUUUACCGCCUGUGGUCUCUGGAGAGGACGGCCCACACCUUUGAGUCCUGGCACAGCCUGGCCCUGGCCAAAGGGAAGUUCCCCCAGACAGCCACAGAGUGGGCGGAGAUCCUGGCCCUGCAGAAGCAGUUCCACAGCGUGGAGGUACACAAGUGGAGGCAGAUCCUGCGAGCAUCUGUGGAGCUCCUGGACGAGAUGAAGUUCUCUCUGGAGAAGCUGCAUCAGGGCAUCGCAGGCUCGGACCCUCCCUUCGACACUCAGCCGCAGCCUGACGACUCCUUCUCCUGAGGACUGGGGGGGCCCUGUGGCCAUCCUGGAUGGACACACACAGCCCCGGCGGCCACUGCUGGCACAGUGUGAGCGCCGGAAACCUCCCGGUGGUCCGGCCAGGGCUCACGCUGCCACCGCCGCCACCGCCACCAACCUCGUGGGGACCACAGAACCAAGAUGCACUUUAGACCGGCGUGUGCAAGUCCAGCCUGCCACUGCCUGCCCGGCCGUGGGCGGUCCCCCCACUAACUUAUUUUGCCUGGCUGGGGUUGUAGGGAAGGUGUGUCCUAGGUGCACGACUCCUUCAGCUCUGGGUUUAAUGUAUUAUAUUUAUUGGGGGCCGACAGAGCCCCAAUAAAGGGUUGGAAAUA